AUGGCGCCCUCUAAGCAGAAAGCCCAGAAGAUGUCUCUGGGCAACUUCUUGGCCGAUGAGAACUUCGGCUCUUGGGCUGAUGAGAUGGAGGACAUGCCUUUGCCUGCUCCCGCCCCGUCCAGCUUCGGCCGCUCUGCUGCGCCUUCUUCUGGUUUCGGAAGCAGCUUUGGUGGUGAGCGUGAGCGUGGUGGCUACGCCGUGAGAGAGCCCCUUCCUCUUCCCACCCAGCCCCCCUACACUGCCCAUGUUGGAAACCUGUCCUUUGAUGCGACUGCCGCCGAUAUCUCCGACCUCUUUGCCGACUGUGGUGUCACCAACGUCCGUAUCGUGGAGGACAAGUUGACCAAGGCCCCCAAGGGCUUCGGAUAUGUCGAAUUUGAGACUGUUGAUGGUCUGAAGAAGGCUCUUGAUCUUUCCGGCGCUACCCUCCAGGGACGUGCCAUCCGCACCAGCAUUGCCGAACCUCGUAGGUGUCCUUGCUCCGGUCCUCUGCCCGAUAUUCCCCAGCGCCGUGUGCCCGAUCGUUCCUCUUUCGGACGCAACCUCGACAACGUGUCUGAUGCCGGCAGCGAACGGGGUAGUGGCCGCCGCAACUUUGAGAGUGAUGGAAAGUUCCGUGAUUUCAGCAACUGGGAACGCAAGGGCCCUCUCUCUCCCCCGCCUGCACCUGUCCGGGAAGGUGGCCGUUCCCGCAACGACGAAGGUCCUGGUUUCAGAAGAAGCUCCCCCGCCUGGGGUGAGGGACGCUCCCAGGAUGGCUCCCGCCCCCCGAGACGCGAAUUCCAAGAACGCACCCCCACCGCGGCUGAACUCGAUAACGCAUGGAGAUCCAAGAUGCGCCCCGAUCAGCCCCCCAAGGAGGCCAGCAACCCUCCCUCUCCUGCUGCCGCUCCUGCCGCCCCCGCUACUCGUCCUCGCUUGAACCUCCAAAAACGGACUGUGACUGAGGCCGUCUCCAGCCCCUCCGCCAACACCGAAUCCAAGGCUAGCCCAUUCGGUGGUGCCCGUCCGAUUGACACCGCCGCUCGUGAGAAGGAGGUUGAGGAACGUCGCCAGAUUGCCAUCCGCCAAAAGAAGGAAGCGGAUGAGAAGGCCAAGGCCGAGAAGCCCGAGAGGACUGAGAAGACCGAAAAGCAGCGUCCUGCCAAGGAGCAGCCCAAGGCUGAGAAGUCUGGUACACCGGCUGAUCCCAACGGCCGCGAUGUCGCCGAGCACGCCCAGGGCGGCACGAACUUCGAGAUCCUCCGGCGGGCCGGUGAGGACGAGAGCGGUAUGACUGCCGAUCAGGACCAGACGGAGGAGGCCGCUGCUGCUGCCAAGAAUGCCGAAGCCUCGAGCAACGCUGCCCCCAGCAAGGCGAAUGGUAACUGGAGGGCCGGGCCUGCCGAGGCUGGAGCCGACGACGAGGGCUGGAGCACCGUGAGCUCGAAGCAGCGCAACAACCGCCGUGGCGGCCGCACGUUUGCAUAG